AUACCAUUAAAACUCCCCUUCGAAACUUCAUCCCCUCUUCCAGAUUGUAUGCACGUGGCCUCCGAGGCAGGUGACUAUAUUUUCAAGAAGCUCCAUCCCAUGAACUCAGCCCUCAACCGGGAGGCAGCCCUGCUCGAAUUGGAGGCAGCAGCUGUAGUUGCCGGAGCGGGAGCCGGAGCCGGAAUGGCAGUUCCUGGAAUCCCAGAACCUGGGGCAUCUGCUCCGGGAGACCAAUCCGAAGUCUGUGGGCUGUAUGUAAUUGGGGAGCCAGACACUAUUGUGGAGAUUACAAUGAAACACUAUGAUGCCAACUGCGAGACUGGAGCCCUAAUGGCGUUUGUGGAUGGGUGGGAGCUGAAUGGCGAGUACUUCCCGGGCAUUAAAGAUCAUCACCGACCACUGGAGGAGCGUGUUUACGAGUUUUGCAAUAAUUACAGACAAUGGCCUCGCAUUAGCAACAAAAAGUUCUUCCGCGCAAGUCAGAAUGCCGCCUUGUUGCAGUAUAGAAUUCCUGUUCGUGGAUCCUUUGUGGCCAAUGUACGAUUCCACAAAAUAACACAACCCUGUAAUGUUUUGGUCCAGGACACCGCUGCUGUUUACAAGAUGACUAACUUUGGUCAGGCCCGGAACUGCACCAUUUCCGCACUUUUCCCCGCUGUUGUCUCCCUGGCCAACUUGCGCAUUGGUGGAAAGAGUGUAAGGGCCCAGCAGAAAGUCAACUACGAUUGCCAAAUGCCUAGUGACCGUCUGGAGAUUGGAGGAUCCGCUGGACUGGACUCGAUUGCCAUGGAGAUGGCCAGUUCCGUUUGUGGAGCUUCCAGUGAGCCGGGACCCGAGCAGGCUAUCUUCUGCGGGGUCAGCACUGUUCGGCUGGUGUCCUCCGGUCGUUUCCAAAACCAGGCAGCCCUUGUCCUACGAAAGGCCGAGGACCAGGACCUGGACAUAGCCACGCUCAUCUGCGCGCUCUAAGCGGCCAGUGGUAAACAGCUAUGCUAAUCCAAAUCCAAGUGUGUAUAUGUUUGUAAAAAAAAAAAGAAGAAAACAGGAAACCAGUACAGCGGCCAGGAGAGAAAAUCGCCCGGACUCCACAGUAGUGCUUAAACUUAACUCUUAACUUAAUCCAACCAAUUCUCAAAGUAUUCUCUACCAAAGAGGCAUCUUAAGUAAUUUAUAUAUAUAUAUGUACCAAUAUAUAUAUAUCUGUAUAUGUAUAUCGAACAUUCUGAGUGUUGACUACAAAGAAUCGUGUGUGUUUA